AUGGAUGACUAUGAGCAGAUGAAUGAAUCCCUGCACUUCUCGUUGCAGAUUCCAACAAAUGAACGAGAAAAGAAUAUUUCAUUCGGGAAUGAGAGACGGUGCGAGAACGGGACAAAGGAGCGCAGAGGAAUUGUUGCACCAAAUCGGAGCAAUUGCUCAAGUGCGGCGUUUGAUUUGUGGGUUCUAAUCUAUGGUCAUUUGGGUCAAUUGGGUCGUGAUUUCUUCCACGUCAUGGAACAUUUUGCGAGAGGGAAGGUGAAAAUGAAGGCGGAAACGAAGACGAGGAAGGCCGAGCAGUCGCCUUGGGGCAGUGGUGCUGCUGAUGUUCUGCUGCUCGUCUUUGUGCGUUUGCCCGCAGCCUCGCUCGCUCGUGCUUCUGCUGUCUGCACUGCGUGGCAUAAUGUAGUCACGAAUUGCCCAUUCGUGUGGGAGAAAGCUCUCGAAGAGCAGAGGAAGGAGCUGAAACUUAAGUUAUCUCAGUCGGAUGUGAAAUUAGUCAGUGAAUUGGAUUUUAGAACAAGAGCCGCGACCAUGUACCAGCGGGCACACCUCGUCCAUGGCAAAAUGUAUUGUCGUUGGUGGAAGGCCCACCCUUCAAGGGCAGAUUGCUGCCACAUGAGUAUGAACACAAUUGUUAGUGGCUCUACCGAUCAGACUGUACGAGUGUGGUGUGCAUCAUCUCUGCAUUGUUUGGAAGAGUACAAAGUUUCCAAGCCAAAGUCACCUGUAGUUGAUCUUGAGUUUGAUGCUAACAAGAUUAUAGCAGCAGCAGGUGCGGAGGUUUGGGUAUGGAAUCGAAACAGAGGAGGACGCGUGACUCACCAAAUGGGUGGCCAUGGAUGUCGUCUCUAUUGCUUAAGCUGCACAGAAUCGGACGUGUCAGUUGGUUGCGCCGAUGGAGCUGCUCGCAUUUUCGAUCUUUAUAGUGGCCGCUGCUCUCGUAUACUGAGGUGCCAUUCUGCAGCUGUGUCGAGUUUGUGUGUUCAAGAAGAGAUGUCAGUGCUUGCCACGGGGUCUAGGGACGGCUCUGUACAAAUCUGUGACACCUCAACUGGUGAAAUUGUGGCUCGACUGUUGCGACCGAGUCCUAUGAGAGAAGUGGAGUGCUUGCAAUGGGGUAGAAACGGUCACUUUCUUUUUGCAGGAACAUCAGUGGGUCGCCUUUGUUGCUGGGAUAUACGAAAGCAAGCAAUUCUAUGGCAAAAAGAACAUGACAGAAGUGUUAUGAAAAGUUUACACCUGCAAGAAUAUGGUCUAGAGACACUGGUUACAGGGAGUAUGAAUGGGAUAGUGCGAGUAUGGGAUUCUUCUUCCGGAAAUUGUCUUGUUUCUAUUAGACCCUGUGAUAAUUCUGACACUGGUUCUGUCUCAAGAUGGAGUGAAACGGCAGUUCCGCAGGGGGGCAUCUCCAACAGUUCGAGUGUCAUGUCGCCUCUUAAACAGGUGCCCAUUUUGUGCGUCAGGGUUGGCUCCACCCGGAUUCUCACUUCACACACAGAUGGUAGCCUUGCUCUGUGUCAAAUUCAACUCCAAGAAUUACGGUAAAAAUUAAUGCGGUUUUGUAGGAUUAUGUUUCAGCUUCAGCGAAUACUUCUGCUACACCAUGAAAUGUCCCGGUGUUUUAACUCCAGACAAAGUAACUUAUAUUGUGUGCAGCCUUGUGUAAUUUCAGUUUGUGUACUUGUUUCUUGAGUAACUUGGGUGGCUAUAACCUUAUGUGUUGUUCAGUUGAUACUUGGCAAUAUGGCAUUCCAGAUUUUUCUGGUCAGAGAAUUGUUGAA